AGAAAAAACAUUCUCGAGGAAUAAGCAUCUCAUUCACGGGAACCAGAUUUUCUUGCACACCACAAAUCUUCUCUCGCCUUAGUUGUCAUUCAAUCUUUUUGUCUAUACGCUAACACACAAGUCUGAGUGCAAGGAAAACAAGUUUUGAUUCAGACAAAGAUGGUGCUUAGAAAAAAAGAAAAGAGUUAUGCGUUGUUCUCUUCAAUCCUCUUCUGCAUCGUUUUCCUCUUUCUUUCUCCUGCAGAGCUUACAUACGUUUUUAACUAUGAAGAAAUCAAGAGCUCACUGACUGAUCCUCAUGGAGUUCUAAUGGACUGGAACAUGGCAGCGGCUGAUCCUUGUAGCUGGAACUUGAUCACUUGCUCUCCUGAUAAUUUUGUCCCAAGCAUAGAAGCUGCAAACCAGAAUUUUUCAGGAACUCUUCUUGCACCAAGUAUUGGCAAUUUAACAUAUCUUGAGACUGUGCUAUUGCAGAACAAUUACAUCACAGGAAAUAUCCCUCCAGAGAUUGGGAAACUGAUGAAACUCAAAACACUUGAUCUCUCUAACAAUAACUUCAGUGGCCAACUCCCAUCUACUCUUUCUCAUUCCAAAAGUUUUCAGUACUUGAAGCUGAACAAUAACAGCCUGACAGGAACAAUUCCUACCUCGGUGGCAAACAUGACCCAACUAAUUCUUUUGGAUCUAUCUUACAGCAACUUGAGUGGACCAGUUCCAACCUUACAUGCCAAUACAUUCAACGUAAUGGGCAAUCCUCAGAUAUGUUCAACUGGAACCGAGGAAGAGUGCAACGAGACUCAUCCUAAACCAAAGUCACUUAUCUUCAGCAGUUCUGACCCAUCUGAUGGAGGAACAAUAAACCAGAAAUUCGCGGUACAAUUCGGUUUAAGCCUUGCAUGUAUUUGCUUGUUGAUCGAUCAUUCAUUAGCUUUGGUUUUUAUUUAGAUUAAACUGUAUUAGAAGAUUGUGAUAAUAAUGAUGUAAAAGCUUAGACUUUAUUUGGGAAUUUUACCAUGUAUAAUAAAUACUAAAGUUAUGGAAUGUCAA